GACCAGAAUAUCUGCCUCCACUCUCAAAAUACAAAAACGUUCUUAUCUUUCUUUCACAGGCCACCAAAUACUUCCUUCCUAUACCAUAAUGCACGAUUCCAUUCCCACAACCUGAAAAGCUCUCACCCACAUCAACCAAACAUCAAUUUCUAUUUUGUAGAAGCAGAAUAUUAUACUAUUCUCUUUCUCUCCCUUAUUUCAUUCCAUUGUAAAUGUCACUGCAACAAAUUAAUUAAAUACAGAAAAAUGAGCCAGUGCGUCCCCAGUUGGAAUCUUGACGACAGCAAUCCCGCUCCUGCCAAGCUUUCUCUUCGUUCUCACUCCAAUUCCACUGCACCAGAUGUUCCUAUGUUAGACUACGAAGUAGCUGAGCUGACAUGGGAGAACGGUCAGCUGGCUAUGCACGGACUAGGUCCACCGCGAGCGCCAGCCAAACCGUUAGCUUCCGCUUCUCCUUCCAAAUACGCCUGGGACAAGCCACGCGCAAGUGGUACUCUCGAAUCCAUAGUCAAUCAAGCUACACGCUUACCCCAACGCAAGCUUGGUCUGGAUGCAUGUGGAUCAGACGAGCUUGUCCCAUGGUUCGAAAACAACCGUGCAGCCGCCGUCGCCGCCUCUUCAGCUACCACGACUAUGGACGCCUUAGUCCCUUGCUCUAAUCGGACUACUGAUGACCGCAAAAAGCGAGCGAUGGAGUCCGUGCCGGCACUAGGCAACUGCGUGGUAGGGAGUUCUACUCGUGUGGGGUCGUGCAGUGGGCCAACUGCCACGCAAGAUGAAGAUGCUCUCCUCACUGCGAAACGCGCGAGGGUGGCGCGUGUUCCAGUUGCACCCGAGUGGAGCAGCAGAGACCAAAGCGUAAGCUGUAGCGCAACUUUUGGGAGAGAUAGCCAACACGUGACACUGGAGACGUGCGAGCCAGACCUUGGUAUGGAUUUCACAUCCACUUCUUUUGGGUCACAAGAAAAUACCAGCUGCGGCAAGCCCGGCACCAAGACGGCCACCGUGGACGAGAAUGACUCAGUUUGCCACAGUAGACCACAAAGGGAGGAAGCAGACGAGGAAGACAAGAAGAAAGGAAACGUGAAAUCAUCUGCUUCGACUAAAAGAAGUAGGGCUGCUGCUAUUCAUAACCAGUCUGAACGUAAAAGGAGAGACAAAAUAAACCAAAGGAUGAAGACACUGCAGAAGCUGGUCCCAAAUUCCAGUAAGACCGACAAAGCUUCCAUGCUGGAUGAAGUGAUAGAAUAUUUAAAGCAAUUGCAAGCUCAAGUACAAAUGAUGAGUAGAAUGAACAUGCAGCCGAUGAUGUUGCCCAUGGCAAUGCAACAACAACUCCAAAUGUCUAUGUUGGCUCCAAUGAACAUGGGUAUUGGUAUCGGAAUGGGUAUGGGCGUUGUCGAUAUGAACUCAAUUAGCCGUCCAAAUAUUGCUGCUGGCAUCUCUCCAGCUCUUCACCCUUCCGCUUUUAUGCCUGUUAUGGCAGCUUCAUGGGAUGGCUCCGCGGAACGCUUACAAGCUGCUGCGUCUACAACUGUUAUGCCUGAUCCUUUAUCUGCAUUCCUUGCUUGCCAGUCACAGCCAAUGACAAUGGAUGCUUACAGUAGGAUGGCUGCCAUGUACCAGCAACUACAACAGCAACCUCUGCCUGCUUCUAGCUCCAAGAGCUAAGGUGGAGGCAUCAGGGAAAUUGCGAUCCAGCCAGUUCAGAUAAAGCUUGUCGUUAACUGGUCAUGGAUUUGAGUGCAAGCGUCUGUAGCGGUGUGUUAAGAGGCAUAUAUUCGGUUUCAUGUACUUUAACCCUUACAGAUUAAUCAGCGACUUGUGUAUGAUAUUUUUAUUUUUCCAAAUUUUCAUUCAUUAUUUUCUGGCCUCUACAUAUAUAACCAGUGCUUUUGGAUAUUUCCCACCUUAGAUUAUA